AUGACACUCAAGUACCUCAUCACUGGCGCCACCGGCGGACUGGGCGCAGGAGUACUCUCGUACUUGGUAGCCAAUGUCCCAUCUUCCGAAUACGCAGCAGCGUCCUCACAGGAAACAAAUCGCAAGCAAUUCGAAGACCGGGGCAUUGCCUUCCGGCUAGUCAACUACGAUGACCCACAGAGCAUGGAGACGUCCUUCCAGGACGUGGAGAAUCUCUUCUUCGUUAGCACUAAUACCUUUGAUGUCGAGAAGCGGCGCAAGCAGCACCAGAGCUUCGUCGAUGCGGCAAAAAAGGCUGGUGUGAAACAUGUGUGGUAUACGUCCCUCGCAUUUGGUGGCCUCCGUUCGGACUCCAAAGCGGACGUGCAGCAGGCCCAUCUGAUGACGGAGCAGAUGCUAAAAGAGUCCGGUGUCACCUUCACCUCCAUCCGGGAGGGUGUAUACACUGAAGCCUUUCCCAUCUUCCUGGGCUGGUAUCCCAGCACGUCAACCGUGUACCUCCCCGCAGAUGGUCCCGUCGCAUUCACCCUGCGGUCCGAGCUCGGCGAAGCCAACGCGCGCCUGAUGAUUCAGGGCGGCCAUGAAAAGGAGAUUGUGCUCCUGACGGCACAAGAAACCAUCACCUUCACCGAGAUCGUGGAUGUGAUCAAUGAGACCACGGGCCGACAGGUUCAGUUGAAGAUUGUUCCGCCGCAGGAGUUUGUCCGGUUGACGGCGGCCGACGAUGAGGGCGGGAAACCAGCGGCGUUCUUUGAGAAACUGGUAUCGUGGUACGAGGCCAUUUCCCAGGGCGAUACGAGCACCGUCGAUCCGCUCAUGGCGGAUGUGCUGGGCCGGCAGCCGGUACCGCCCCGCGAGGCGCUUCGGGCACUAUUGACGGACAAUCCGGAUUAUGAGUGGCAUCAGAACUAUGUCAACCGGGGUUGA